UUGGAUGCCACCCGCUAAAAAUAAAAUCCAAGAAGAAGAACAAGAAGCAAAAUAAGAAACCUGCAGUUGGAUUCUGCUAUAGAGGAUUAUACUUUUCCACCUGAGGAAGAACAAAGUGAUGUAGUUUGGAUUAAGGAGCUCCAGCUGCUCAGUAAACGUUAAAGGAACAUUUGAAGAGAAGAUAACAACAGAGAUGUGGAGAUAGCAGCUCAAACGGUGGCAGAGUGCAGCAGUGGAAGAUUUCUGAGACGGUUACAGAAGAGGACAAAGAAUAUGAGCUGCAGCACAACAUGAUGGAGGCUGAUUUCAACCCCAGAGUUCUGCUGCACAGAUUAGAUGUUAAGCAGAUUUUGAUGGUUAAAGAAGACCUAGACCGCAGACCUUUUGCUGACCUGAAUGACCCAAAGCCCCCGCACAUAAAGGAGGAACAGGACGGAGCCUACACCAGUCUGGAGAGAGAGCAGCUCAAUGGGAAGGAGGAGAUUGAUACCAUCAGGUUUCCAGUCACUGCUACUCCCAUAAAGAAUGAGGAUGAUAAACAGUCCCCUCUACUCCCACAUCUUUAUCAAGACCAAACUAAAGACAGAGAGCUUACAGAAGAGAAUGAUGGAGGAGAAGAACCCAUCAGGAUACAAGACCAUAAAGUUGGUUUCAUUUCUUUAAAGACUGAAGACAUUAAGGAUGAAGAGAACAAUGAUGUAAAGCACCAUGUCUCUGAGCUGAAACAAUUGUCAGAAUGUGGACUAAAAACUGAGCCUAUAGACAAUGACUGUAAGGAGAGCAGAGCUUCUGAGUCAGAUGGAUACAUUGUUAGCAAACCUUUUAGCUCCUCUGAGUUUGCUGAUCAAUUUGAUCUAUGUUGGAAACACAUUACUGAUUCAGAAAUGGGGUCUUCAAGCUCUCUGGAUAAUAAGAACUGUUUUAUGGAGAAGAAAAAUGUGGACUCACUAAGGAAAGUAGUGAAGUUUAGCUGUGAUGACUGUGGUAAAUCAUUUGUUGGAAAAAAAACUUUAAACAUUCACACGAGUAUCCACACAGGACAGAAAGUUUUCUGUUGUGAUGUAUGUGGACAGAGAUUUAGCCAUAAAGUAUAUUUAAACAGACACAUGAGUAUCCACGCCGGAAAGAAACGUUUCUAUUGUGAUUUAUGUGGAAAGAUAUUUAGCCAAAAAGCACAUUUAAACGGACAUGUGAGAAUCCACAAUGGACAGAAACCAUUCUGUUGCGAUCUAUGUGGACAGAGAUUUUGCCAUAAAGCAAGUUUAAACAGACACAUGAAAAUCCACACAGGACAGAAACAUUUAUUUUGUGAUCUAUGUGGACAAAGAUUUAGCCAAAGAGCAAAUUUAAAUGAACAUAUGAGAAUCCACACUGGACAGAAACCAUUCUGUUGUGAUCUGUGUGGACAGAGAUUUAACCAAAAAGCAAGUUUAAACAGACACAUGAGAAUCCACAGAGGACAGAAACCUUUUUGUUGUGAUACUUGUGGACAGAGAUUUAACCAAAAAGCAAGUUUAAACAGACACAUGAGAAUCCACACAGGACAGAAACCUUUCUCAUGUGAUCUAUGUGGCCAGAGAUUUAGCCAAAAGUCAAGUUUAAAUAGACACAUGAGUAUCCACACAGGACAAAAACCUUUCUGUUGUGAUCUGUGUGGACAAAGAUUUACCCUAAAAAACAAUUUAAACAGACACAUGAGAAUCCACACUGGACCGAAACCCUUCUGUUGUGAUUUGUGUGGACAAAGAUUUAGCCAAAAAGUAAGUUUAAAUGGACACAUGAAAAUCCAUACUGGAUAGAAUGCUUUCUGUUGAGCAGUAGGAUGAUAAAGACAAAAGUAUUUCAUUGACAGCCCGCUUUCAGUGACUCACUGAAACAUCUGUGAGCUUUUGUUAAUGAGACGAGAUUAGACAAAAUCUUGUGCCAUAUGUGGUUAAUAAGCUAUCAAAAUGUAUUUGUGUUUUGCUGGUUUGAUAGUUGAGGCCAUUCUGUUUUCUCAAUGUGGCAGUAGUUUUUACAAAAUGUGUUGUAACACAUGAUGUGCAUAAUAAAAACACACACAUAUAUAUAUAUAUAAACAGAAAUUUCUACCCAUUCUGUUUGUGACUCAGAGAAACUUCCUUGCUGUAGGUCAAUUAAAUGUGCUUUUUUUCCACA